UCCCUUCCACCAGAUUUGACCUUGAAAUUUCCCCAUGAUUACCUGCGUUUAGUGACCUCUCCUCUCAAAGUUGCAGCCGGUUCAGCUGGCCCUUCCACUCUGAGUCCCCUAGCGGAGGAAAAUGGGCCUACAGCGAGAACUUGAGCAUAAGGAUGAGCGCCAUGUCUGAUCCUCCGCCUGUGGAAUAGAGCGGAGCGAUCGUGUUCCCCGGGCCUGCGGUCCCUUCGGGGUUUCGAUGUACAGUUAUGGCCGACAGCACGGGGAUUCAACUAGGUUCACCGGCCGUCGGAGCCGCUGGUCUGAUUCCGGCUGCUCCUGGAGCCGCGGGGACGGAGGGCUCCGGCGCCGCUGGAGGAUCUGCACGUAUUGCCGCGAAGAAGGCGCAACUCCGCUCCUCACCUCGGCCGAAGAAACUGGAAAAACUCGGGGUGUAUUCAUCCUGCAAAGCUGAAGGAGCCUGUAAGUGUAAUGGUUGGAAAAAUCAGAACCCACCUCCAACACCUCCUCAAACAGACCAGCAGUCCAACACAGUAAACCUGCAGGAGCCUUGUCGGAGCUGUUCUCACACUUUAGGUGAUCAUGUGACCCAUCUUGAAAAUGUUUCAGAGGAGGAAAUGAACAGACUACUCGGCAUCGUUUUGGAUGUGGAGUAUCUAUACACCUGUGUUCACAAAGAGGAGGAUGCUGACACCAAACAAGUCUACUUCUCCCUCUUUAAACUGUUGAGAAAAUCUAUCCUACAGAUGGGUAAGCCAAUGUUAGAGGCACAAGAGAGUCCUCCGUUUGAAAAGCCCAGCAUUGAACAGGGAGUAAACAAUUUUGUCCAGUACAAAUUCAGCCACCUACCAUCAAAGGAACGACAAACUAUCAUGGAACUGGCCGAGAUGUUCCUGAACCAGAUCAACUACUGGCAGCUGGAAACGCCCUCUCAGAGACGCCAAAGGGUGCCCAGUGAUGAUGUGGUCGGUUACAAAGUCAACUACACCAGAUGGCUCUGCUACUGCAAUGUGCCGCAGUUCUGCGACACCUUACCCCGCUACGAGACCACGCAGAUCUUCGGCAGGACAUUGCUGCGCUCCGUGUUCACUGUGAUGAGAAAGCAACUGCUGGAGCAGGCCAGACAGGAGAAGGACAAGCUUCCUCCGGAGAAACGCACUCUCAUUCUCACACACUUUCCCAAAUUCUUGUCGAUGCUGGAAGAGGAAGUUUACAGUCACAGCUCUCCCAUCUGGAGCCAAGACUUCUUGGUGGGAGCAACAGGAGGUCAGAUUCCUAUCCACACAGUGAUAAGUGCUCCCCCAGUAGCCAGGCCCAUAUACUACAGCACCAGUCCUGUGUCAGUGGACCCGUCCACCUGCGGUAGUGUCAGCCCUGCCAGGAAACCUGCCUCUGUUCUGGAGUCAAACCCAGGUUUCACAGUUGGAGAAAAGCGUAAAGCCUCAGAGCCACUUCACCAUGAAGAGAACAAGAGACCCAGGGUGGUGGGCGACAUCCCCAUGGACCUCAUCAAUGAAGUCAUGGCGACCAUCAGUGACCCAGCCACCAUUCCAGAGACCAGUCUGCUGUCUGCUCAUUCUGCGCGUGAUGAAGCCGCACGCCUCGAAGAGCGGAGAGGGGUGAUCGAAUUCCACGUCAUCGGGAAUUCGCUCAAUCAGAAGCCAAACAAGAGGAUCUUGAUGUGGCUCGUCGGCCUUCAGAACGUCUUCUCCCACCAGCUUCCCCGGAUGCCCAAGGAAUACAUCACCCGACUGGUCUUUGACCCGAAACAUAAAACGCUGUCUUUGAUAAAAGAUGGUCGCGUCAUUGGAGGGAUCUGUUUCAGAAUGUUCCCAUCACAGGGCUUCACAGAGAUCGUAUUUUGUGCGGUCACAUCCAACGAGCAAGUCAAGGGUUAUGGAACUCAUUUAAUGAACCACCUAAAGGAAUAUCACAUAAAACACGAAAUACUCAACUUCCUCACUUAUGCUGAUGAGUAUGCAAUUGGGUACUUCAAGAAACAAGGUUUCUCAAAGGACAUUAAGGUUCCCAAGACCAAGUAUGUGGGCUACAUCAAGGACUACGAGGGAGCAACGCUGAUGGGCUGCGAACUCAACCCCAGCAUCCCCUACACAGAGUUCUCCGUUAUCAUCAAAAAGCAGAAGGAGAUCAUCAAGAAACUGAUAGAAAGGAAGCAGGCCCAGAUCCGAAAGGUCUACCCGGGGCUGUCCUGUUUUAAGGACGGGGUCCGGCAGAUUCCCAUCGAGAGCAUUCCCGGCAUACGUGACACUGGCUGGAAGCCUGCAGGCAAGGGGAAGGAAUUGAAGGACCCCGACCAACUUUACAGCUCUCUGAAAACCAUCCUGCAGCAUGUGAAGAGUCACCAGAACGCCUGGCCUUUCAUGGAGCCUGUGAAGAAAACCGAAGCACCCGGUUACUACCAAGUCAUUCGAUUCCCCAUGGAUCUUAAGACAAUGAGCGAGCGCCUGAAGAGCAGGUACUACACGACACGGAAGCUUUUCAUGGCCGACAUGCAGCGGAUUUUCACCAACUGCCGGGAAUACAACGCUCCGGAGAGCGAAUACUUCAAGUGUGCCAACAUACUGGAGAAAUUCUUCUACACCAAGAUCAAAGAGGCAGGCCUCAUCGAGAAGUAGAUGUAAGAUGAGAGGUUUUCCUUUCAAGGAACCUGGCAAAGGUUCAGUUAGCUGGUAAUGACAAGAAAAAGGAUUAUUGAUUGUGGAGUUCGUUUCAGAACCAUAUCUUAUGUUUAAUGCAUACUGGACCGCAUCCUGAAGAUUGGCCCAAAGUGACACUGAAGAAUUGAGACAAAAAAAAAAAAAAAAAGAAUGGUGUCUCUUAAUUUCUUUGUCCAUCCCAAAAAACUGCAAGUUUCCGCUAGUCGUUCUAGGAAAUUAUCAAACUUAGACAGCUGAUUGAAUAUUUUACCACAGAUCUAACCUUAUCUCCUCCGUUUUUCCACACUGCCUUUUCCUCCCAUUUGACUCGGUUUGUCAUGUGAAGGAGCCAAAUGUUCGAUGGAUUGAGUCUUUAUAAAAAGUGUCACCUGUGAGUAAAACAAGCUGAAGCUUUCCUGUCUAACUCUGUAGUUAUGAGCAUGUACCGCGCAGAGGUUCAAGUCUCUGAGGAGUUCAUCCUGCCAAAAGAGGAAUAUAACUUUUAAAUUUUGUACAUAUUUUAAUCAUUUAGAAGCACUUACGCCCAAUGUAUAUUUUAAAUAAGUAUACCUAGAGUACAUUUUCCCCAUUAACCUACAAAGGGCAGUUUGACUAUCAAACGCACCCCCCCCCACCCCCAAGUAUUAACAUGAAUUUUAGCCUCUUUUCUUUCUUAAUUCCUAUAGAUUACACUGUCAACUCAGAAAUACUUUAAUCAUCUAGAGUUUAUUCUUAUUUAUGUGCUUUAAUUCAGAAUGUUUAUGUUUAAGACAAGGUCUUAAUUUAUUAUCUUAUUUUUGUCCCACAGAUGGAGAUUGAUAACUUUAUACUUUGGAGAUAAAUGACGAUUGUGCAAUACGAUGUAGUUUUUCUGUUUUGUAAAAAAGGUGUUUGUACUUUCCAAUCUUUAGGAAAAAUAACAUUUUGUAAAAUGUCUGUAAAAAUAUAUAUUUCAUGCCCUUUGUACAAUUGGUUUUAUUGACCUAGAAUUAGCCUAUUUUGUAGACUAAAUAAAACCAAUGUGAGGCUAA